AGGAGGCGGGGAAUGGGACCGGCCGGGAAGGGGAGCCCCCAGACACCCACAUCAGCUACGCCCUCCUGCCCAAGCAGCCUGCCCUCCGGACGGAGCUUCCGUCUCUCAUUCGCGGACGCGACGGCAAAUUAGCGGGGUGAUGCUGGGUUUUCGUCUCCGAUUCGGUGGAAGAGAGUGAUGCUGCUGCAAGGGAUGGAAAUAGCCAGGUAAAAAAAAAAAAAAAGGAGGCGAGUUCGCAGAGAGUCAUUGAAAUUUCUUAAACGCAAACCGAGGUUAGGAUCGCCCAGUAGCUCAGCUGAGGCGGCCUUGAUUAAAGCGCGCCGCGUUUCCACCUCUCUCCGAGCAGUAAGCCUUGUUUGAAGAGGCUCAACGCCCAGCGCGCGCCUGUCCCCGCUGACCGGAACUGCCUGCCCGCACCCAGCCGGCCUGGUCUCGCCUGAAGGACGUUGCCACCCUCCAGUCAUGAACGCCAUCGUCUUCAACAAGCUCAGUGGCCAAGUGCUCUUCGAAGAAAGUGCCAAGGAGCACGACAGAAACAGCAGCCGGCCUUACGGGCCGGUCCUGGAGGUCUCCCCUCACCCGGAGGUCCUCCUGCCCGACCGUCCUCCCAAUAAAGACAACCUCAGCAUUCGCCAUAAAAGGACGGGCUCCCGGCAGAACAGUGGGAAGGUGAGGCACAAGCGCCAGGCCCUGCAGGAUAUGGCACGACCACUGAAGCAGUGGUUGUAUAAGCACCGGGAUAAUCCCUACCCAACUAAGACAGAGAAGAUCUUGCUGGCUCUUGGCUCCCAGAUGACUUUGGUCCAGGUAUCAAAUUGGUUUGCCAAUGCAAGGCGGCGUCUUAAAAAUACUGUCCGCCAACCGGAUCUCAGCUGGGCUUUACGAAUAAAACUAUACAAUAAGUAUGUUCAAGGAAAUGCUGAACGGCUUAGCGUAAGCAGUGAUGAUUCAUGUUCUGAAGAUGUUGAAAACCCUCCCCAAAAUGAAGGAGAAUACAACACACAGGUUCAUCAUACUGUGAUUAAAUCAGAAAGUUCUGUCAUAAAAUCUGGAGUAAAACCAGAAGGAAGUGCCAAUGAGGAUUAUGUGGCACCUCCUAAAUAUAAAAACAGCUUAUUAAAUCGCUACCUGAAUGACUCGCUGAGACAUGUGAUGACCACAGAUGCAGACCUGAUGGAAAAAGCAAGACAAAGGAAUCAUUCUGGAUCAUUCAGCUCUAAUGAGUUCGAAGAAGAACUGGUGUCGCCAUCAUCCUCCGAAACUGAUGGAAAUUUUGUCUACCGGACAGAAACUUUGGAGAAUGGACCUAACAAGUGUGAAAGUGGAGCUAACAGGAAAAGAUCAAGCAAAGAUGAGACGUAUUGGAAGGAGAUCAAUGCAGCGAUGGCCUUAACCAAUCUUGCCCAGGGAAAGGACAAACUGCAGGGUACAACCAGCUGUAUCAUUCAGAAAUCCUCACACAUAUCAGAAGUGAAGACAGUCAAAGUUCCACUAGUGCCAAUGCCAUUUUAAGAGAAAAUGUGAUUUCGCUAUCUUUUUCAUGCUGUUCAUUUUCUUGUAAGAUCACAAAAGAUCUAGAAUAGGGAUUGAAGCUCCUAUUGUAGUCUGUGACAGUCAGGACGAAUAAGAAUGAGCGUAGCUCACCGAAAAGGUCUCACCAGCAAGCACUAGCAAAAAGAUCCUGAAGAGGUUUGUGUGGUUCUCAUUCAUUUUCUUCUUUGCGAGUAAAAGCUAUUCCCAAUAAUUUGUGUUCUGUUAUGGUACAGUAAUCAAGAAAUACUCUCUCAGGCUAAAUUGUUUCUUAAAUAACAUGUCAGUUAUGGGGGGGGGGGAAGUCCCCUGCAUUUUUCUUCUUAAGUCAAAUUAUUAACUUAUUUUAUUGUAUUAAUCACGCUGCACAUUAAGCAUCUGCAUUGCUAUAACAAUAAGUGCCUUGCUUUCUUACAGUAAGCUACAACGUGGGCAUAGCUUUAGACAUCUGUGCCUCAAAAUGUCAACCACCCAACACUUAACCUUGCAUGUAGUUCUAAGUGCAUCCUGGCCAUUCAAAGCUGACGUCAGAAAGGGUAUUAUUGCUGGUUUGAAGCCCUCAGACCUUUGGUUUAUCUGAAUUAGAGAUCCAGUAAUAUCUAAAAUGAAAUUGCUAUAUUUUACCAUGGAAGAAAAAUUGAUUAUUACCAGGCAAUACUCUGCUUUGCUCAAGUGAAAUCAAAUUGCUAUAUUUUGUUUGAUAAGAUACCAAUUGAAUUAUUUUGAUAAGUGUGAUAGUAUGACUUCAAGAGCUUGGGGUCCAGAUUAAAAAAAAGAAAUAAACCUCAGUCAUUUUAAGAAGCAUUCUAACAUCAAGCACAUUUAUAGGAGAUAUGAAGCAGCCUUCGUUUCAGGUGCUUUGCAAUUUGGAUGUUGUUGUUUCUCAAAAUGAUUAAAAAAUACAGUGCCUCUUCUUUCACUGACUGCUCUUUUUACUCUUAUUAUUGUUGAGCAUGAGAGCAAGAUAGCAGGUCAAAGAGAAAUUAAAUCUCACCUAUGAAAAUGUUCUUGUUCUUAGCUUUAUAUAGUGCUUAAUUUUUUUUUACAUGAAAACUAUCCUGUGACAGCUUAAGAGUUGUUCUUGUUGCAGUAAAGCUAUCAAUAAAUCCAGUAUAGAGUCCUCCCUUUUGAAGUCUCCUUUAGAUUUAUUGAAACUGUUAUGUAAGUAAACAAAGCAGCUCACUUUUUUGGUACCAAAUCAAUCUAUGCUUCAGUUUAUUAUUUACAUUGGAGCUCUGUAACUUUCCACGACGGAAACCGUUAUUGCCUUAAUGCAUCCAAAAUGUUUUUAUUUUGGUAUGGAAUGUAUCAAAUGAAGGCAAUCCCCAUUUCAAUGAAGGAAAAAGGGCAUAAUGAAAUCUAUAUAUUAUAUAAAGUGAAAAGCCUGAAUUAAAAACAUGUGGGGUACACAACAGACAAAAUUGUGGCACUGACUCAAUUUAAAGUUAAAAUAGAUGCUAAAUUAGGCAUUAAAAACAACAUUUUAAACCCCUAGAUUUGACUGCCAUUGAGUCAAGUGAAUUGUAUAAAAUAGUUUUUAUGGAGGUGUAUCAAAUUUUUCUUCAACCAUCCAGAAAUGUUCUAAUCAGGUUCCUUCCCUUAUGUAAACAACAGUAAAGCUCCAAAUAGUUUAUAUUGAGUGGUAAAAGAAAAUUAGAGAAAAAAGUUGAUUGUUAGAGUUUGUUUAGCAAAGUUGAAACCAAACUUAUUUUCCUUUGUUUGAAUGUUACAUUUGAAUAACAAUAUCCAGACUAAAUUGUAAACCUAGUUUUGAGAAAAUAUCAUUUAACCUCUAAUCUUGCUUUUUUCCCCAGCCUAGCUAUAUAUAGCCAAUAAAAAGAAAAAAAAAAAAUCAGUAUAUGUUAGCUGAGAUAGACAAGGCAGAAACAAUGUUUAAUUCCUCAUGUUCUCACCUGAUGGAAUUCUCCCUCUAAAAGGAGUGGGUGACCUGUACCCUCUGCAGCCUUAGUUCUUUGGCGGCAGUAUUCAAAUCCUACUUGACCAUAAUUCCCCCAAAUGCAAAGCACCCUUCCCACCACUUCAGAGUGUAAAAAGCAUGAAAAUGGUAAUAUAAUUUCUAAUAUAGAAAUAUCCCAGUGGAAGGAACAAGGAAACAGCUUUUCCCUUACAUUCCGUCCUGACCAUUUGAUAUGGAGUCAUGGUGUGACCCUUUCAACACUCUGGUCCUUAGCCUCCCUAAAAUGUUCAAUAUCCACCAGACUUUUGCCUACUUUUACCUGAUAUGGUCAGGUUUAUACAUCCAUGAGGUGUUCUUUGUGUAUAGGACUCCUAGCAGAAGAGCAGGUAAGAAUGAAUUAAUACUUUGACGUGUUCAUACAGCUCUGCAUAGAAUUCUUUUAAUAUGUGCUAAUUUUCUGGAUUCUUGGCAGUAUAACCAAUCAAAGUAAGCCAGAUUAAAUCUAACCUGGAUUACAAAAUCAACCAGGUUUCAUUCUUAAACUCUGUUGGGAGGGUAGGUAACCUUGUGAACAAUUCAAAGCUUUCUGUUUUAAAUAAAAACUACCGCAUGUCUAAAUUGACUUCUAAUUUCCUGAUCAUGGACAGCACUGUGUAGGGUCCUUAUAGGACAGUGGUUCUCAACCUUUUUAAUGCCGCGACCCCAUAAUACAGUUCCCCAUGUUGUGGUGACCCCCAACCACUUAUACAUCACCGGGUGCCAGGGUCGUGGCCAAAGAAAAGGGGGGAAAAGUGGCGGACAGCCUUGUUUGGCGACCCCUGUGAAAUGGUCGUUCAACCCCAAAUGGGGUCCCGACCCACAGGUUGAGAACCACUGUUAUAGGAGGAAGAUAAGUGGGGGUUAAAUUGUGCAAGAAACAUCUAUAGUCAAAAGAAGCUUCCUAAGUCACCAUGUAUACAUGGAAGCAGUGGAUAUAGGCUGCAGAAGAUUUGCACCUGUUGCACUCCCUCCAUGUAGAGGGACAUUCCUAGCAAUGUGAGAGAGGCAGGAGAACCAUCCCUUGAUGAAGCUAACUUUCAGGUAUGCAGAAUGAUUUUCAAGUGUAGCCAGUUCCAAUUGCACUAAUAUAAACUAGCAGGUAUCCGCCUUGAUGUAACUUGUAGAAUGCAUCUUGAUGUAACAUAGAAUUUUGUGAUGAUGGUUAUUUCUAAACUGUAUAGUUAAAAUGAUUUGAUAUGAAAAAUAUAUAUAUUUUCUACACAAAUAUAUAUAUAUAUAUAUUUACUUUUUUAGGGGCCGUUUUCAUUGACAUGAAAAAGCAGGAAAUAUACUGUAUGUUAUGACUGUAUGAACAGCUGAAGUUUACUUUUGAAUGAUUUACAUCAUUAUGCAAAAGAGAUUUCCCCACACUUAUGGCUUUGACAACCAAUCUACUGGAUUUUCUCAUAACAAUGUGAGUUUUUAAAAUAAAAACAGAGAGUAAGUGCUUCGCUUUAGUUCAUACUAUUGUAAAUUAUUCUGCUAUUAACUAUUUUGUGAAAAUAAACUGCCUUGCCAAACUUUUCUGUAAGAUGUUUUCCAUUUUGUUUUGUUUAAAAAAUUCAAGUGAAUGACAGUAUCAACAAAAUUACUAAUAUGUGGAAGAAAGAAUGAAGAUAAACCCAAAGAAUAAAUGUUACUAUACAAAACAA